CAACUAGCCAAUAGGAAGAAGGAAGAAUUCGCUUCAACAGGGAUAAGAUCUAUUAACUCAAAAUUACAGGUUAAAAUUUUAUUUUAUAGUCACACCCAGUGUAGAUAUGUAAAUUACACUAUUAAAACAAGGCGUGUCACAAUUUAGUGUACUUUGUUUAACUAUAAGGCCAAUUACAACACUUAUUAAAACAAACCAAUCUCUGGGACUGACUGACUGACUGCUUGCUGUAUAUAAUAUUAAUCCACACACACAGACACACAAAUACACACUGUGAGGAAGAAUAAAUAAUCUAUGAAAUUCAUUCUCCAAUUUUGAUUUGACCAGCACAAUAUAUUUGCUUUUUUCAUGUGAUCCUUUGUGGGGAGAUUAAUACUAUUUUAUGAGCACAUAAUAAUAAUUAUUAUUAUUACCUACUAUUACUAUCUCAGAUAUAUUACUACUGUAUAAACAAAAACACUGAAUCGACUGUUCAUACAUAUAUCAAGCCUAAAAGAAUAUGGUCUCCAAUUGUGAUCAAUUUUCUAAUUCUUCAACUCCAAUGCAAUGUAAAUCAGAAUACAACUCCUCAAACCCGAAUCAAAAAGACUAUCGCCCGGAUGAUGCGCCUGUAACUCCAUGGAUACGUGGAGAAGUUAUCUAUGAAGGAAUGGUACCAGCUGAUCGAGGUUAUGUAUCAAAAAAUAUCUUCGGUAGACGAUACUUUACAAAGAAUAGUUCAAAGCUCUACAAUGGUGGUAAUUGUGCAGAUGGAUCCAAUUAUUAUUAUUAUUAUCAUCAUCAUGGUCGUAAAGGCGGUGGUCGUAUACCCAAUCGAUAUUAUUAUCAUGCUGGGCAACGCAUUUACUAUAACAAUAAUGCUACUAACAAUAGUAAUAAUAAUCAUAAUAAUAACGGUAAAUACAAUAAUUAUAGAUCCCGGUGUCCAUCUGCUCAUUCCAUGUGUACAUCACCCCUGUCAUCCAGCCAAUCUGUGGUUAACUUAACUGAUACCUCUAUGAAUGAUUAUUACGCAUAUUAUAAAAGCUGUAGAGCAUAUCAUCAACAUCAUCAUCGUUGUUCAAAUUCUGGUCGAACAACUGCCAUGACAAAUGAACAGCUGACUGAUGAAUAUAUUGAUGAUUGUUUGUCUACAGAUAUUGCUCAAUAUCAGUUGAAAUUAGAUAUGGACAGUAGCCUGUAUGAUGAAUAUAAUACAAAGAUAAUAAUGAAACGUAGAGAGAAUAUUGAUGCUUGGGUGAAAUCUUCUUCACCAUCAAUGGAUUCUGAUCUAAUGUCCGUAGAUAUUAGUCAGUCAUCAUCAUCAAAUAACAAUAAUCAUCAUCAUCAGGGGGAUUUCCGACAUUUACAACGGAAAAGUAAAAGUACACUAGACUUAUUGAUACCAGAUCCUGCUUUAAAUGAUCUCAGUGAUGAAUGUGGCGGCGGGAUAAACACCAAGGAUACUGAUGUCAAUGAUGAGCUGGCUAACAAUGAUAACGGUAAUCCUAUUCAAGAACAUACAGAAGAAAAAUUGAAUACUGAAGAUGACAGUGAUAUGCAGAAACACUGCGAAACAGGAAAAACAAAUGACUAUCUAACUCUUGUCUGGGGUGAUCUUCCUGAGACCAUCGAAAAUAAUUGAUAAUUAUUAUGAGAAGAAAUCAAUUUUUUAUUUAUUUAUUUAUUCAUCUGUUAAUUCAAUAUUCAAUGGCUGUGAAUAUUCCUUUGAGCAUUACAAUUUCUUCUCCGACACAAGCUAACAAGCUAACAAACAAACACACACACAUAUAUAAACUUACAUACACAUACAUAGACAAUACAGUCUAUAUCAAUACCAGAAUUCUUUUAAAAGUGAACUUCUAAAAGAAUCUCUCUUGGUGAAACAUCCAUAUGCACACUACUUCCUGACAACACUCUGACACUUCCGUGGAGAGGAAGUAAAUUGUCAAUUUACUCGAAAACAUGCAUCAUCUUGAAGUAGUAACCAACAAUUACAUGCACAUGCUCGCAUACAUUUGGUAUUGAAGUGAAAAACAAGCACAUCUUCUUUCGUAUUUUCGUUCAAGUGCUGUGAGCUUUUUUCUGUCUACCAUAGUAACUGUAAACAAAACAAUUACUCUUGUUUUAAUGAAUAUAUAUAUUGAAUUGAUCAUCAUUAAAUGUACAAUGUUUUGGGGUACUAAUUUUCUUUCGAAAGUUUUGCAUUUUGUUCUUUCUUUCUGUAUUGGUGUCUGGCCUUGUUGUUUUGUUUCUUUUAACUCCAAUUAAGUAUUCUUCGUUUUGUGAGUUUUUAGGCGUGCGCGCGCGUCUGUUUAUGCGUACGUGUUUGUGCCCGGGCCUUAUUAUGACAAACACUUCGAAGUUACCUGUUCGUUUUGUUUUAACGAAGAAACUGUUUAAUAUUUCUGGUUUUUGUGUACUGCUAUUGUUACUGAGGCGUGUAUGUGUAUAUCUGUGAGUGCUUAUAUGUGAUAAUCUCUUCAAGAGCUUCCUCGAAUCUACCUUUUUUCUAUACCAGUAUCAUUAUUUCUUCUCAUUGAAUAAUGAUUGUAAGAGGACGAGGAGGAUUUUUGUGCUGUGGUCUGAUACGUCAUUUUGUAAUCCCCUUCAAGUUUAAUUUUUAUAUAACACCCUCAACUACUAACAGAAAGUUGCAUAUCACUCUUUCUCUUCCUCUGUCUUUUUCUCCCUCACCCCCUUUUAUUAUUCGUAAAUCAAUCGAUACUAUGUAUUACAGUUGAAAAAGUUUGAUCAUACAUGAUCGAUCAUUUGUAUGAAGUUUAACUAAAACGAA